AUGUAUGGAGGAGGUGACUUUGGCGGGGGUGAUUUUGGCGGUGGCGGAGCCAGCCAAUUUGGAGGCGGCGGCUUCAUGCCUACAACCCCGGGGCCACCUGGUGGAGCAGGAGGAGCAGCUGGUGUUUACUCUCCUAACGCAGGUGGACGGAGACCCAACAACGUCAACACGCUUUUCCCUGUGACCGUGCGGGAGAUUGCCAACGCCGGAGUGCGCGACACGACGGAAAACUCGCUUUUCAUCAACGGCCACGAUGCGACCAACAUGGUGCUAGUAGGCAAGGUGGCGAGGCGCGACGACCACGAGACAGACGUGUCGAUAGUGCUGGACGAUAGCACGGGCAAGAUUGAAGUGCGCCGAUGGAUUGAUCGUGACACUAACGAGUUGGCUACCUUGGAGACCGUGCGCCCUGGAGUGUACGUUCGAGUGCAUGGCCACGUGAGGUUGCAGAACAACAAACGAUACGUCAUUGCACAUGCUGUCAGGCCUGUCACGGAUUUCAAUGAGGUGACAUUCCAUUUCUUGGAUGCAAUUUUCGUGUACCUGCACACUCGCAAAACCCAGGGAGGUGGAGUGGAUGGAACAGAGGCGUCACCCCAUCAGCCCCCACAGCAGCCACAACAGCCUGCUUACAACCAGUACGUGCCGCCACCAGCACCGGCAGCAGCAGGAGCAGCAGGGGGAAUGGGCGGCGGCGGCGGCGCAUUUGGUGGUGCUGGAGGACGGGGAGUGGAGCUCCGAGUGUCCAACAAGGUAUUCACCACCAGCAAGUGGCCCAGAGCAUGCCAGAUGUGUCGCCCCAGGAGAUCCGGAGCACUGCUCAUGGUAGCUUCGGCCGCGUCAUCCCGAACCCUGCUGACGAUGCGCCCAGCUGGCCAGCGCGCGUUCCACAUCAGCGCUAUGAUGGGGGAGGAGGCGCGGCGCUUCCAGUCAGGCGGUCAGGGUCAGUGCUGGGGGGAAGCAAAGGGAGGGGGAGGGGGAGGGGGAUGGGAGGGUCAAACUGUCUUAGAGGGAGAGAGGGAGGGAAGCUGGGGAGGAGGGGAGAGACGGAUGAAAGGGGGGGGGUCAAAGAAAAAGGGCGGAGAGGGGCGAGAGCCCUCUGCUCACAUUCGUGUAUUCAUGGACCAUACUAUUCACAAGGGCAAGAGCCCUCUGCGCGUGUCUUCGUGGAUCACACGGUGUACAGGGGCAAGGGCGCUUGAUGGCACUCCUGCUCCCCCCUCUUGCCCUCAUCAAUGUGAUGCUUCAAACCCCACCACCCACCGGCCCCCACUGCCACCACCAGAGCCCUCCGCGCGUGUAUUCGUGGAUCACACGGUGUACAAGGGCAAGGGCGCUCUCAGUUUCGUCCCCAUUGCCCCUCGCUUCCGAGUCACCCAGGUACGCCUUCCCCCCUCUUCGCUCCUGUCCCCUCCCCUUUCCCCCCCACUGCUCUCCCCAUCCCCUUCUCCCCCUUUUUCUCCUGCCCCUCCAGUUCCCCGCCCCCCUCCUUUUUUCCCACCCAUCUUCCCCACCCAUCUUCCCCGCCCAUCUUCCCCGCCAUUUCUCCCCUCUCCUCUAGUGCUUCACCACCGCUGGUGGGCCGACUGGUUCCUAGACAGUCAGUCACCUGCAGACAUUGCGUUGGCUCAUUUGAAAGAGGGUUUCCUCUGCGUUGGCUCUAUGCCAAUUCGACUGGUUGCCCUUUGCCCUUCCUUCCUUCCCCCUCUUCUCCGUCUCCCCCCCCCCCUCACAACUUCUCCCCUCCUUUCUGUCCGCCGUGCCCUGUGCGGACGGACGGGAGCAUACGCAUUGGCUCGUGCGAACGAGAUGUUCCUCCCUCGCCUCCCCCUCCUCCCCUUCCUCUACACCCCCCUUUGUCUCAACUUCUCCACCGCCAUCGGCACGCGGAAAUACGACUGGGGCAACAAGCAGAUGUUCUCCCUGUCAGUAUCGGAGAUCGGGUCAGUGCUGGGGCUGAACCCAGAGGACAAGCUCGACUUCUACCACGACCCCUCCAAGGGCAGGAGGUGA